AUGCACCACAUCAGCUGCCUCCUCUCGGGACUCCUCUUCAUCCUCGGUGUGACCAGCACGGACGGCUUUGCCCGGGCAGGCCGCAGAGUCUGCGCCGCGGCACCGCAGAGCCAGGCGGCCACCUACGUCGAGUCCCAUGUCCAGCCCGUCUACCAGCCCUACCUCACCACCUGCCAGGGCCACCGCCUCUGCAGCACCUACAGGACCAUCUACAGGGUUGCCUACAGGCGGGCGUACAGGCAGCUGCCCCAGCCCACGGCCUCGUGCUGUCCUUGCUGGAGCAGAGCUAACAGCCACGCGCUCAGCUGCAACACAGCUCUCUGCUGGGUGCCGUGCCAGAACGGCGGGGGCUGCGCCUUCCCCGGCAGAUGCGCCUGCCCGCCCGGCUGGACGGGGCGAGUCUGCCAGACAGACGUGGAUGAGUGUGCCGGCCAGAGCCACGGGUGCGGCCAGCGCUGCAUCAACACAGCCGGGAGCUACCACUGCGCCUGCCGGGAUGGCUUCAGCCUCGCCGCCGACAACAAGGCGUGCCAGCCCCUGGUGCCAGCCCCUGAGCCAGAAUCCUUCAGCCAAGCAGGUGCCCCCAGUGAAAUGAAGGAAGAAAUGAAAGACCUGAAGAGCAGAGUGGAAGCGCUGGAGCAGAAACUCCAGUUGGUGCUAGCCCCCUUCCACAACCUCAUGCCAUAUGCGCCGGAGGACGCUGGCGCAGACCCCAUCAGCCGGCUCUCCCACUCCCUCCAGCAACUGGACAGAAUCGACUCCCUGAGCGAGCAGAUCUCCUUCCUUGAGGAGCGGCUGGAGACAUGUUCCUGCAAGAACGAACUCUAG